AAUGUACGGGGAGGAGGAAUGUGGUGACGCAGUUGUGUAAACUCAGCUGAUAAGUCAAAACGAACGUGACUGUUCUGCAGUUGCAAGCUUACAUCCGGAGUUUAGUUUCUUCUCUUUGCUCGUGUGUUACUCGUUAAAGCGAGAAAGUGUGAGAUAUCAUGGAAACAUCAAGUGAAGACGAGAGAGUGAAUACAUCACGCAAAAUGAAUUCGUACGCGCUCUACUUUUCCCAACUGCGAGGGAUGCUCGUGAGGAAUCUCCUGCUGAAGAAACGCGAUAUGUCAAAGACGAUUAUGGAGGCCAUUCUACCCCUCUAUUUCUUUGGGAUUUUAAUCCUGGUAAAGGUUUUAACACCCAAUCCAAACUUUCCCGCGAUAACGACGCAGAGGCACCAAGAGGAUAUUUUUGAAUUAUUCAACGGUUAUAAUAACAAUACGAUUGCAGUGGUAGCCAAUUCUACGGAAACCCUUAGCUUCUUAAACUCCAUGAAUAGCUUUUGGCUCUCGAUGGGGAAUUAUUCCAAUAAGCAUCUCUUAAACUUCAUGGUGUUCGAUACGAAAGAUGAGCUGCAAGCAGAGUACUGGAAAAAUCCUUACAGUAUACCUUUAGCAGUUAUCUUCGAGCACCCUCAGCCGAUAUCACAGCAUCUUAAAUAUGAAAUUCGGAUGAAUCCUUCAUAUACCUCGCCACCAUCGUCAAAAGAAUUGUAUUCGACUCCGAGCAGUUGUCGACAGAGUUUGAUUGGGGAAGCCUGUCCUGUUAACAAUUACUUGCAUUCCGGCUUCUUGGCUUUACAGAUGAUAAUGGAUAUGACAAAGAUAAGAUUGGACACGGGAAAUUCCGACGUAACAGUACCAGAUAUUAAACUCAUUAUGUUUCCUAAGGAAGCGUAUACUGCUGGCUGGAUGGUGGCCUUUAGAGUUGUUGUUCCGCUUUUCAUGGUUUUGGCGCUUUCGCAAUUCGUCACCUAUCUUCUAAUCUUAAUAGUCAGCGAAAAGGAGAAAAAGAUUAAAGAGGGAAUGAGGACGAUGGGCUUAAACGAUUCCGUGUUUUGGUUGUCUUGGUUCAUCAUCUACAGCGUCAUCGUCUUUUUGUUUUCUGCCGUCGGAGUGACGUUGCUCUUCGCGCUAAAAAUAUUUCAAUACACGCAUUUCCUGCCAGUAUUCCUCUUGAUGGUUCUAUACAGUUUCUCCAUGAUUAUGUUCGCUUUUAUGAUCACACCAUUCUUCGAUAAGGCGCGCACAGCUGGAGUCAUAGGAAACUUUGCUGUCACGAUACUGAGUUUGAUAUAUUUUAUCCAAGUAUUCCUAAGUGAUUCCAGUGCAAGCAGCACAUAUUGGUUGAUUUCUUUGAUUAGCCCAACAGCCCUCGGCUUGGCAAUGGAUAAGGUUGUGGUGCUGGAUCUACAAGGUGAAGGAUUGAAUUUCGACAAUCUCUGGUCUGGCUCAGGGAUUCCUUUUGGCGGCAGUCUCAUCAUGAUAACUCUGGAUAUCUUUCUAUACGGCUUUCUAGCCUAUUAUCUCGACUCUGUGAUACCAAGUGAGCAUGGGACCAAGAGGCCACCUUGGUUUUGCUUUUUACCUGGAUUUUGGUGUCAAAAAGAGGCUCAAAGUAUAUCGUCGUCAAACAGCAAGUCGGAUUCGUUCAUUCCGGAUGAGGAAACGAAUCCCGACGUGGAGCCAGUAGUGCGCGAGAUGAAGGAUCGUGAAGCGAUCAGGAUAGCAGAUCUUCACAAAUCCUUCCACAAGUGCAGGCGUCCGGAGAUCAAGGCGGUGAACGGCAUCAAUCUAACUAUUUACGAGAGUCAGAUUACCGCCAUCCUCGGUCAUAACGGCGCCGGCAAGACCACCCUCUUCAAUAUCCUCACUGGCUUGAUCGCACCUACAUCCGGCACCGCUCUCAUAUUCGGCUACGAUGUGCGCGAUUCCAACGACAUGCGGGCGAUACGCAGCAUGACCGGGGUUUGUCCGCAGCACGACAUCCUCUUCGAUUUGCUGACACCACGGGAGCACCUCGAGUUCUUUGCCGCAGUGCGUGGCAUUCCACGCUCGAUGAUACAACCUGAGGUGGAGAAAACCCUGAAAGACAUCGAUCUGGUUGAGAAGGCGGACACCUUCGCGCAACACUUAAGCGGUGGACAGAAGAGAAAGCUAUCGGUGGGAAUCGCUAUCAUCGGCGAUCCCAAAAUUAUUAUUCUCGACGAGCCUACCUCUGGGGUGGAUCCUUACUCGAAGAGACAGCUGUGGUCUCUUCUGCAGUCGAGGCGGCAUGGAAAAGUGAUUUUGAUGACAACUCACGCCAUGGAAGAAGCGGACAUACUCGCCGACAGGAAAGCAGUAAUAAGCAAGGGGAAGCUUAGAUGUUGCGGCAGUUCCCUGUUUUUAAAGAACAAGUUCGGCAUUGGAUACCAUUUAACAUUAGUCCUAGAGGGUAAUGCCAAGGAAGGUGCUAUCGGCGAAUUAGUAAUGUCAUACGUGAGCAGAGCGGAGAAGGUGAGACGUCACGGUCAUCAGGAAUUGAGCUUCAUUUUGCCUUACAAUUCUGUGGAGAAUUUUGCACCCCUUUUCUCCGCGAUCGAGCACGAGAUUGAGACUCGUUCAAGUAACCUUGGCAUUAGCAGCUAUGGUGUAUCGAUGACCACCCUGGAAGAGGUAUUCUUGCAACUGGAAAAAGAGGAGGAGGAGCCCAAGUGCGAAAUGGACCUGAGAAUGGUGUUCGACCGAUUGCUUUCGUUACAACCCGAAAACACGUAUCAGAGUUUACAGAACGAGGCAGUAACCAACCAGGGGGACAGUCGAGGGGAAGCGAACGAUUUGCCAGACGGCAUCCAUAAUGAUGGAAAUCCACCUGUGCUCGGUCUCGGCUUAGAUUCUAUCAAUAUUCGACCUAGUUUUUCUCAAUCUCUCUACGCCAUAUUACGUAUAAGAGUGCUCAGACUCUUUAGGAACGUCCAACUCCUGUGCUUCACAAUUAUCAUGCCAUUGGCUCUAACAGCGAUCGGUCUGUACGUGAACAGCACCCAGAAGGUUGAUGUCAAGAUGGAACCGCUACAACUUAAUAACUGUACAUACGACGAAACUAAGAUUCUCUAUCGAAAUAAUACCAACCAUGACAUUACCAAGUUGAUAGAUAGCAUAACUCAAGACGUGGAGCAUAUUGAAGAGUAUGAUGGCAAUUUUACGAAUUUAUUGAAUAUCGCACCACACAUAGCCGCCUUUAACGUUAACGAUUAUAAUCUUCCGCAACUCAAGCUGGCUGUCACAUACAACGAUACAAUGCAACAUUCCCUUCCGAUAUUGAUAAACAUUCUAUCAAAUGCUUAUUAUAGGUUAAUCGCAAAAGAAAACAAAGCUACGCCGAUCGAAGUUUAUACAUACCCUUUCCAGCAAAUAUCGCAACAAUUCAAUAACCCGGCUGGCUAUGUUACACUCCUCGGCAUGGUUUUUACAUUGUUGCCAAUUAGUUUAGCGGUGGACAUGGUUUACGAUCGUGAGAUCAAAGCAAAGAGUCAACUUCGUGUGAAUGGUGUGUCGUUCUCCAUGUAUUUUCUUAGUUACUUCAUUGUGCUACUGGGCCUGAUAAUUUUCAUCUGUCUGUGCAUCUUCGGCAUCAUGUUCCUUUUUGACGUGCCUUCUCUGCAGCAAACGCCGGCCAUCAUUUCCCUCGCCAUUCUUAUUAUGCUGUACUGCCUAUCGUCUGUUUUCUUCACUGCAUGUGUCAGUUACAUGUUCAACAAGUUGGAGACCGCGCAAAGCAUGUUGCCGUACAUUGCGAUCCUUUUUGGGUUGCUACCGUUCAUUAUUAUUAUGGUCCUCGAUAUGCAAGGUGGGACAGCGUCGUUCGCGUUGCACGUGUUCUUUUCCCUAUCGAGUAGUAUGUACAUGCCGUUUGCGACGAUAUACUACGUGGAUCGCAUUUAUUUGACGUGCUCUAUCAACACCGUUUGCCACUAUCUUACCAUGUCUGAUUAUCUCACCACGGAAAUCAUAAUUUUGGCUUCUGGCGCGCUGUUGCAAUGUCCAAUUUGGUUAUUUGUGCUAUUCCUGUUGGACAUCAACAAAAGCGGCGGCAAUGUCAGCGAUGUCUUGAAACACUAUUUUCUGCGUGAUGGUGGUUCUGUUCGUAAGGAAAUUGUGGAAAAUUCUGACGUCGGCGAACACGAGGACGCGGAUGUGAAGCGCGAACGACAAAAGGUUUUUGACUGUGUCGCUUCACCAAUUAUUGGUCAAGAACCGCCGCUUGUAUUGCUUCAGAAUCUGCGAAAAGAGUACCGACAAAAGGAAUUAGGAGCAUCCUGUUACUCAAAACGCGAGAGAGAGCCAAAGAUCGCCGUGCGAAAUCUCUCGUUGGCGGUGGAACAGGGCGAGAUACUAGGUCUACUGGGCCACAACGGCGCUGGCAAGACUACGACGAUGAAGAUCAUCAUCACCGAAGUGGCGCCAACAAAGGGCAGAGUGCAGAUCAACGGCUACGACAUCAAUACCCACAUGACGGAAGCUUUCCAGCAGAUGAGUUAUUGUCCUCAAUAUGAUGCUCAUUGGAAGAAUAUCACUAUAAGAGAGCAUCUGCAGUGCUACGCUGCGAUUCGCGGGGUUCCAGGGAACGAAAUUAAUAGAAUUGUAGAUCGGUAUUUGUCCGAGCUACAGAUUCAUGAACACGCCAACAAACAAAGUCAAGAAUGUUCUGGCGGAACUAGGAGAAAACUUAGCUUCGCGAUGGCGAUGGUCGGUGAACCUAAGGUGAUUCUUAUGGACGAACCAAGCACGGGCAUGGACCCUAAGUCGAAGAGAUUCCUAUGGGACACGAUUAUCACUAAUUUUCAGGGCGACAGGGGAGUUAUAUUAACGACCCAUUCUAUGGAGGAAGCCGAUGCACUGUGUUCAAGAGUCGCUAUAAUGGUGAAUGGCGAGCUGAGGUGUAUCGGUUCGACUCAGCACUUAAAGAAUGUCUACGGUGCUGGCUACACCCUAGAAAUAAAGCUGGGUGGUGAUUGUACACCGACAUCCUCCAACGACAGGAUCGCCAGUUUAAAAGCAUUCGUUGCUAACCUCUUCCCCGACGCUAUUCUGGAGGAAAGCUUCGCUGAUCGACUAGUUUUUGCCGUGCCUCAACAUGCGGUGAAGUCGCUAGCUGAGUGCUUCACACAAUUUGAGAAAGCUAAGCUCGAAAUGGACAUAGAAGAGUACAGCUUUAGUCAAAUUACCCUGGAACAGGUGUUCCUGAAGUUCUCACAUUAAGACGCUUCUCUAGAAUGACGAUGUGCCAUUGUUACGCGAUAAUCUGUAUCUCGACAAAAAAUUGUAGGAAAAUUAAAAAAAGCUUCUAGGGAAAAAUGCACUUGUUGAUACUUGUGUUGAAUUUUUUAAGAGAAAAGUUUUUACCAUACUCUGCAGAGCGUCAAAUGUACAUAAUUUUAAGAAACACAACAGAGUGUUCUUUUUUAAAGUAUAGAACGGAAGGAUAAAGAGACGUUAGAAAACUAGGGAUAGCACGUUAAAAUAGAAGUAUUCAAAAUACUUUUUGAGUUUUUCAUCUACGAUGAUUUUUUUCAGUACGUUGCAGCAAUUAGCUUACGGAAAAUGUUUUCUAUUUUUUUUACUAGUGUAAUUACUGCUAAAAUGGAAUCUGUACUGCUUUUAUGAACAAAAUAUAUUGUUGGAUUGUCUCCCAUAAUAUUCAACGC